ACGCGGCCUGGGGGGCAAUGACCCUGAUCCCUCGUGUCCCCUCCUCUCGCCCGCCACUUCCUCAGACCUGCCAUCUUUGGAGAUCUCCCCGCUCCAAGGAAUAUCGCACAAGGUGGAGACCCUCUGCUCCCAUGGCCAGCGCUGGGAACCCUGGGGCCCGAGAGGCCCAGGAGGAGGACGGGGAGAAGGCAGGGGGCUCUGCUGGGCCUCGAGGGCCGGUGCUCGAGCAGGCCCAGGAGCUGUUUUUGCUGUGUGACAAGGAGGCCAAGGGCUUCAUCACCCGGCACGACCUGCAGGGCCUGCAGAGCGACCUGCCCCUCACACCCGAGCAGCUGGAGGCCGUAUUUGAGAGUCUAGACCAGGCCCACACCGGCUUCCUCACUGCCCGCGAGUUCUGCCUCGGCCUGGGGAAGUUUGUGGGGGUGGAGUCGGCCCAGGGCGCUAUGCCCUCCCGGACUCCUGAAGAAACCUUUGAGUCGGGCUGGUCGGCUGUGCAGGGCACCGGGGGCGCUCUGGAGGAGGAGGAGGAGGAGGAGGAGGAGCGAUUCUACGCUGCGCUGGAGCAGCUGGGGGUGGCCCCGGUCCUGGGCGAGCAGCGGGUUGUGAGGACGCUCUGGCUCCGGCUGCAGCGCGAGCGACCCGAGUUGCUGGGCUCUUUCGAGGACGUUCUGAUGCGCGCGUCGGCCUGCCUGGAGGAGGCGGCCCGGGAGCGGGACGGCCUGGAGCAGGCGCUGCGGAGGCGCGAGAGCGAGCACGAGAGGGAGGUGCGCUGCCUGUACGAGGACAUGGAGCAGCAGCUCCGCGAGCAGCGGCAGCGCCUGCGGAGUCAGGUGGGCCCCAAGCCCCGCCCCCCGCCGGGCACCGCCCCCUUCGGGCCGGCCCUGGGUGACCGCCCCCAGCCCGGGGGGACAAUGCCCGGCCUCUCGCGUCGCCCCCGUCCCGCCCCACCCCACCCCCGCCCCGCCGGGAGCCUCCUCUGCACGGUCGGCGGCCGGAGGAGGCUCAGGGGCCCGGUGCGUCCCAGAACCUCCCCCGGGAGGAGCGGAGAGGCCGCCUGGAGCUGGAGCUGCAAAGCCGCGAGCAGGAGCUGGAGCGCGCGGGCCUGCGGCAGCGGGAGGGACGUGGUCGCUGUCUCCCGGAACAUGCAAAAGGAGAAACUGAGCCUCCUGAGGCAGCUGGAGCUGCUUAGGGAGUUGAACACUCGGCUGCGAGACGACAGGGACGCCUGCGAGGCCAAGAGGCUGGGCGGCAGCCGCAGGAAGAGUCUAGCCACCGCUCGCCUGCCUGGGCCCACCUGCUGCUGCUGCUGCUGCUGCUGGGCCCGCCCCGCCAGACGCGGCUCCGGCCACCUUCCCAGUGCCCGGUGACCUGGCGACCACGAGUGUCACCUGGAAGCGCCCCUCGAAGGCGACCUGUCGUGGCGCGGGGUUGCCCAUUCUGGGUGUGGGCUGCACUCGGUUGUCCCCGGGUCUUCCGACCGAAGACGGGAAGGACACAACCUCGAUGGCCGGUGGCCCGCUCUCGUGGCCCCGCUGACCUCCACCCUGCCCCAAUCCAUCAACUCCCUUUCCGUUCAGCGGAAGAACUCCCCCCCCCAAUAAAGUC